AUGGGCGGCAAGCUCGUUCGGGCUCCCGUGGACUUCUCUCAGCCAGCUAAGAUCCUAGAUAGUGGUACUGCUGAUGGAACUUGGCUCUUGGAUCUCGCUACUUCAUUGCCGCCUCUUUCGGCUGGUACCCACGAAUUCGUCGGCACUGAUCUGAACCUAGCACCUUUCCCUCAAUCGACCCCCCAGAACGUGACCUUUACCGUUCAAAACAUCAAAAAGCCAUGGCCCGAGUCUCAACAUGACCAGUUCGACCUUGUUCAUCAACGCCUAACCAUUCUUGGCGCGGGUCCCAACCCUUCUCCCUCCAUUUCUCACCUCUACUCCAUAGUCAAACCUGGUGGUUGGGUUCAGAUCAGUGAAGGAACUAUGGACUUCCCACCUGACAUUGUCAAUGAAGAUCGAACGCCUGCGUAUAGUGACAUGCUCCGGCUGAUGUAA